GGCACGGGAACUAUCAUAUACGAUGCCGUCCGUAUAGUGCAAUAUAUAAACUGGAAAGUAUACGAAAACGAUGUGGCGGCCAAUUGCUUGGAAACCACUAUUCUCAUGAAUUCCAUCGCUCAAAUAACAUUCACAGCUUUACAGGUUUACCUGUUUUUCAUAUACGCCAAGAUUCGCAUCAACAAGUACUUUUGGAUCCAAGUCUUGUCGAAGUUUGGCAUGAUGUUGCUUUUUGGUAUCAAUCUCUCUGUGUGGCUCAGCACACUAGUGGAAGAGGCGAGAGAGGAGAUUGCAGGCCAUGAAGAGCACGACGCACAGCUGCCACAGGGCACAACUACUGCAUCUCACCAUUUUGCUGCAAACGAUGUGGUCCAAAACAGUAGCUAUUCAACAAAUGGUCACACUCUCACUCCGAGUUACAAGUGUAGCGACGGGAUACAGAAUGCUUUCUCACCUUACCUUUUCCCUUGCGUGAUAGAACACAGCCUCCUCUCCGCCUCCAUGGUUUAUAUCAUUUGGACAAAGGUGGGAGAGAAAGUCCAGAUGCGUAGGACUACGUACAUAGAGGACGGAAACAUUGAUGCCAGUGAAGAAAAGGAUGAAAACCACGUUGGCACACCAAAAACUGAUUUUCUUGGUAGAGUUGAAGUCGGUAACCGGCACCACAACGGUUAUUUCACUUAUCACUUUGGGACAUACUUGGGCUUUCUUCUGUUAUGCUUUAUAUUGGUGGUCAUUAUGAUGUUCUUGCACAAUGCCGGUCAGGAAAAACACAGUAAUUGGUUGUUUGAAUUGCACCGUUGGCAUUCCACUGUAACUUUGUUCGUAGCAGAUUUUUUAUUCAAUAUUUUGAGCAUUGUGACAUCGAUUUUUACGUACAUCAAAAUGAGCCCUUUGGCGAAGAAGAAUACUUUUCUUAAAGAAGCAAGACACCGCAGAGAGCGCAGGAUGUUCGCAGAGGAGAACCGACAUCAAUUCAAAAUGCUCGACAAGGCUUUAAUGGGUGUGUCAUAUAUGGGCGUACUAGGAUAUACCAUUCUCACAUUUAUAGCUGGUAUUUUUGGGGAUACAGAAAACGACAGUCUCAGGACCUUGGUCAUGGUUUCUAUUUGUAUCGAUAUCAUUAGUACAACCAUGCAGACUGUAUUCCUUGUGGCUUUCGCUUUGCCGCGUCGCUCCAUUACACGGGAACACGCGAUUGAAAAACCAGGAAGGCAAGGGCUAAUUUUCCUUCAGUUUAUCAAUUUUUGCUUGUGGGCUCUUGACACUUUUGCUUUACGAAGUGCUGAUCCAAACACAUUGCAGCAAAACUUUUAUUCAUUCACUGCUUGGGCGAUACUCUCUACUUUGACGUUUCCUUUAGUGAUUUGGUUUCGUUUUCAUUCUGUCGUGGUACUUGCUGACGUCGUUAAACACAGUUAUACCGACAAAUAUGUUGGAUUGAAAACUACAAAGAAAAGAAGAUGAAUGAUAAAGUACACUUUUCAGCAUAGUUAAUCUUAUGUUACUUUGAUCAAACUUAUUCAGCUGCAAAUAUACACUAUGUUAUGAAAAAUCACUUGCGAUAAGUGAAUUGUG